GACUGUCAGGCUCUACAACGGUUGAGUGGCAGAAAAAAGAAGGGCGUAAUUACGUAACAUUGACCAAAGGCACCAAAGUGAUAUUGGAAGACAGUCGUGUUGAUAUUGAUGUCAAUACCUCUGGCAAUGAUGACGUGUUUGUGUUGACAUUAUCUGAGAUAACAUCGUCCGAUCAAGGCACCUAUCAGUGUGAAACCACAAACCAAACACCAGAUAGCAAGACGGUGGAUGUUUCUGUUAGAGGUAGUAGCAGCAAUGAAAAACCAGAAAUUGUAGAUAUAUCGCCAGACAUGUCUGUCAGGUUUGGGGCAACUGUAGAACUGGAGUGCUUUGUGUCCGGACUUGUUGAUGGAUUGGUGAGAUGGAGGCGAACUGUUCAGUCAUCUGCAGGUUUAGUCACUGAGCUACUCACUGAGGAUGAUCAGAAGAUAUCGAGCAACAGUAGGAUGAGCAUCAAAAAGCAGAUGGGUCGUCGCAGCGACGCCUACAUCCUGAUGAUUAGCGAUGUUCGCAGAAGUGAUUCUGCUACAUAUACGUGUCUCACAGUUAAUAUUGAUACUCCUGCAGAACGCUCACUGGAUCUGACCGUAGAAGUAAGGGCCACUCGUGCUACCACAGAGGAGGAACAGAUCAUCUGCGAGGAUAAAACCGAGACAGUUCAGUGUCGUAACAGGCAGACGAUAGAGCUAACUGAUAUCAAAUACGGUCGCGAGAAUAAUGCCGCUGACAUAUGCAAAAGUAAAACAUCGGGCAGGAGUUGCACAUACACGUCUGUACGCGACACUGUGCUUGAAAAGUUCCGGGAUGCCUGUGAUGAUGAGCGCAGUUGCCAAAUUAGAGCGAGUAACUCGCAAAUGGGUGGUGACCCAUGCAGUGGGACAAAGAAGUACGCCAGAGUCAUUUACAACUGCCUUGAUGACCGUUCAUCUUCAGGACCAGAGAUUGUAGAAAUCUCAGAAGAUACGACUCUCACUGUUGGCAGAACACUGACGCUUAAAUGCCAUGUCACAGAUCUUUCACGAAGAGAGACGGCCGAGUGGCAGACGGUUGACAGUGAUGACAGUGUGACAGUACUGACACGGGGCACACGCGUCAUCUCGACGGAACGACGCAUCAGUAUUGAUGAAGACACGUCGAAUGACGAUGAGACGAUUUUCACGCUCAGCAUCCGCAGAAGCGUUGAGGAAGAUGCCUCACGUUAUCGGUGCAAAACGACCGACAGCGAUCCUGUGAGCGACGACGUCGUUGUCAGCCUUAGUGAUUCGACAGAUAAUCCUAAAAUUGUUGACAUCUCCCCACGACAGAACUUGAGGACCAAUGAAGACAUGGUCAUUGAGUGUACAGUAAUGAAUUUAGGAGAUAACACAGUUGAAUGGCAAAAGGUUGAUAGCAAUAACAGGGUAACGGUACUGACUAGAGGCACCCGAAUUGUGGCAGUGAAUCGCAGACUAUCCAUAGACAGGGAGAGAGACCAGGGCAACGAUGUUUUCACAUUAACCUUGCGACUUGUCUUGCGAGACGACGCCGGAACAUUUAGGUGUGAGACAACAAAUUCGAAUCCGGACCAUGAAGAUGUUGUACUGUCAGUCAGGUCAAGUGGAGCAACUAAUGCAAAAAUCACAGAAGUCUCACCAAGCCCAAGAGCAAAUGUCCAAGUAGAUUCAAAGUUAAUACUGGAAUGCUUUGUAACAGACCUUGGUUCAGAAACAAUUGAGUGGCAAAAAGUGGAGGGUAGAGAUGUGACUGUCCUUACCCGGGGAGAAGAUGUCGAGGUCCGUGACAGGAGGGUUUCGAUCAUUGUUGAGGGCUUUCGAAGUGAAGAAAUCUUUGUGCUUGAGAUCACAAACACACAGAGAUCUGACUCUGGCACGUACAGGUGUGAAAUAACAGGCAGCAGUGAAGAGAGCUUGGAGACCGAGGUCAAUGUUGGGAGUGGUUCUGGAGGUAGUGAGGACCCUGAGAUUGUGGAGGUCACUUCUGACAAAACCAUCAGGACAGGCAGUGAUUUAGUCCUGGAGUGUUUUGUCACUGGCCUGACAUCAUCAACUGUUGAGUGGCAGCUAGUGGAUGGCAGGAACAUUGAAGUACUGACCCGCGGUGAGGACAGAAUCAUCAGUGAUAGAAGAUUCAGUACUGAGAUGGACACUGAUGGAGAUGAGGACAUAUUUACACUAACGGUUACUAAUAUCAGGAAUUCAGACGAAGGAACCUACAGAUGUGAGACAACCAAUGAUGAUCCUGUAAGCGAGGAUGUGGAGGUCACUGUUAGAGGUUCUGGAGGCAGGGAAGAUCCUGAGAUUGUAGAGAUCACAUCUGACAAAACUGUUAGGACAGGCAACGAUUUAGUUCUGGAAUGUUUUGUCACUGAUCUCACCUCAUCAACUGUUGAGUGGCAGCUAGUGGAUGGCAGGAACAUUGAAGUACUGACCCGUGGUGAAGACAGAAUCAUCAGUGAUAGAAGAUUCAGCACAGAGAUGGACACUGCUGGAGACGAGGACAUAUUUACACUAACGGUUACUAAUAUCAGGAAUUCAGACGAGGGAACCUACAGAUGUGAGACAACCAAUGAUGAUCCUGUAAGCAAGGAUGUGGAAGUUACUGUAGGAGGAUCUGGCGGACAAGAUGAUCCAGAGAUUGUGGAGAUUACAGCUGAUAGAACCGUCAGUGCAGCAAGUGAUGUCGUCCUGGAAUGCUUCGUUACAGGCCUAACAUCCUCAACAGUUGAGUGGCAGCUAGUCGAUGGGAGAAGCAUUGAAGUAUUGACUCGUGGUGAAGACAGAAUUACCAGUGAUAGAAGAUUCAGCACUGAGAUGGAACAGUCUGGAGAUGAAGACAUAUUUGUAUUGACUAUAUCCAAUAUCAGGAAUUCAGAUGAGGGAACCUACAGAUGUGAGACAACCAAUGAUGAUCCUGUAAGCGAGGACGUUGAGGUCAAUGUGAGAGGGUCUGGAGGUGGAGAAGAUCUUGAUAUUGUGGAGAUCUCAUCUGACACAACUGUUAGUACAGGUGAUGAUUUGGAACUGGAAUGCUUCGUCACAGGUCUCACCUCAUCAACUGUUGAGUGGCAGCUAGUUGAUGGGAGGAACAUUGAAGUGUUGACACGUAAUGAAGACAGAAUCAUCAGUGAUAGAAGAUUCAGCACUGAGAUGGACAAGUUUGGAAAUGAGGAUGUGUUUACUCUAACAGUCACUAAUAUCAGGAAUUCAGACGAGGGAACCUACAGAUGUGAGACAACCAAUGAUGAUCCUGUAAGCGAGGAUGUGGAGGUCACUGUGAGAGGCUCUGGCGGUGGAGAAGAUCCUGAGAUUGUGGAGGUCACUUCUGACAAAACCAUCAGAACAGGCAAUGAUUUAGUCCUGGAGUGUUUUGUCACUGGCCUGACAUCAUCAACUGUUGAGUGGCAGCUAGUGGAUGGCAGGAACAUUGAAGUUCUGACUCGCGGUGAAGACAGAAUCAUCAGUGAUAGAAGAUUCAGUACUGAGAUGGACACUGAUGGAGAUGAGGACAUAUUUACACUAACAGUUACUAAUAUCAGGAAUUCAGACGAAGGAACCUACAGAUGUGAGACAACCAAUGAUGAUCCUGUAAGCGAGGAUGUGGAGGUCACUGUGACAGGGUCUGGAGGUGGAGAAGAUCCUGAGAUUGGGGAGAUCACUUCUGACACAACCGUCAGAACUGGCAACGAUUUGGUCCUGGAAUGUUUUGUCACGGGCCUUACUUCUUCAACUGUUGAGUGGCAGCUAGUGGAUGGGAGUGACGUUGAAAUACUGACCCGCGGCGAAGACAGAAUCAUCAGUAAUAGCAGAUUCAGCACAGAGAUGGACACUGCUGGAGAUGAGGACAUAUUUACACUAACGGUUACUAAUAUCAGGAAUUCAGAUGAGGGAACCUACAGAUGUGAGACAACCAAUGAUGAUCCUGUAAGCGAGGAUGUGGAGGUCACUGUGACAGGGUCUGGAGGUGGAGAAGAUCCUGAGAUUGUGGAGAUCACUUCUGACACAACCGUCAGAACUGGCAACGAUUUGGUCCUGGAAUGUUUUGUCACGGGCCUUACCUCUUCAACUAUUGAGUGGCAGCUAGUGGAUGGGAGUGACGUUGAAGUACUGACCCGCGGCGAAGACAGAAUCAUCAGUGAUAGAAGAUUCAGCACAGAGAUGGACACUGAUGGAGAUGAGGAUAUAUUUACACUAACAGUUACUAAUAUCAGAAAUUCAGACGAAGGAACCUACCGAUGUGAGACAACCAAUGAUGAUCCUGUAAGCGAGGAUGUAGAGGUCACUGUGACAGGGUCUGGAGGUGGAGAAGAUCCUGAGAUUGGGGAGAUCACUUCUGACACAACCGUCGGAACUGGCAACGAUUUGGUCCUGGAAUGUUUUGUCACGGGCCUUACCUCUUCAACUGUUGAGUGGCAGCUAGUGGAUGGCAGGAACAUUGAAGUACUGACCCGCGGUGAGGACAGGAUCAUCAGUGAUAGAAGAUUCAGCACAGAGAUGGACACUGAUGGAGAUGAGGACAUAUUUACACUAACAGUUACUAAUAUCAGGAAUUCAGACGAAGGAACCUACAGAUGUGAGACAACCAAUGAUGAUCCUGUAAGCGAGGAUGUGGAGGUCACUGUGACAGGGUCUGGAGGUGGAGAAGAUCCUGAGAUUGGGGAGAUCACUUCUGACACAACCGUCAGAACUGGCAACGAUUUGGUCCUGGAAUGUUUUGUCACGGGCCUUACCUCUUCAACUGUUGAGUGGCAGCUAGUGGAUGGGAGUGACGUUGAAGUACUGACCCGCGGCGAAGACAGAAUCAUCAGUGAUAGAAGAUUCAGCACAGAGAUGGACACUGAUGGAGAUGAGGACAUAUUUACAUUAACGGUUACUAAUAUCAGAAAUUCAGAUGAAGGAUCCUACAGAUGUGAGACAACCAAUGAUGAUCCUGUAAGCGAGGAUGUGGAGGUCACUGUAGGAGGUGGAGGAGGACCAGAGAUUGUAGUUUUUAGCGAUGAAACAGAUGUAAGGCUAGGCAGAGAUCUCACACUGGAGUGUACUGUUACAGGACUGGGUAGCAGAAACAAGGUUGAGUGGCAGCUAGUUGAUGGUUCAGAUGUCACAGUUCUGACAAGCGAUGAGGAUCGGAUCACCAGCGAUCGCAGAGUGUCAACCGUGCUUAGCUCUGACGAUGAUGAAGAUACGUACACGCUGACAGUAACAGACAUGGAUCUAGAUGAUGCAGGCACAUAUAGGUGUGAGAUUACAGGCAGCAACUCAGUGAAUGAAGAUGUCACGGUUACUGUAGGGGGAAGAUCUGGCAUAACAGAAAUCACAUUCAUCAGUGAGAACACGGUUCUUCGGGAAACCAGAGACCUUGUGCUAGUAUGUGAUGUUACUAGUCUGACUGGCAGUGAAACGAUUGAAUGGCAAAAAGUGCGUAGAAAUCGUGUGACAACCCUAACACGUGGUGAAGAUGUGGUACUGACCAGUGACAGUAGAAUCGGAGUUACCGAAACCACCUCCGGCAACAAGAAAACAUUCACGUUGACAAUAACUAAUGUCAAGACCCAGGAUGAAGGCACAUACAGAUGUGAAACAACAUCACGUAAUUCGAUCCAAGAAGAUGUCGAGGUUCAAGUUUUAGCUGGUGAUGCAACAGCAGAGAUAGUGUCUAUCAGCGAAGAUAUAACUGUCAAUGAAAACAGUGACCUUAUGGUGGAGUGCACUGUCACUGGACUCCCAGAUGGUAGUGAGGUAGAGUGGCAACACAUAGUUGACCGGCAAGUCACUUUACUCACUAGUGGUACUACACGUGUAACUAGUAACCGCAAUGUGCGCAUAACUAAAACGUCUACCAACCAGCAAGACAAGUACACUCUCACCAUCGUUAAUGUGAAGGUAUCUGAUUCCGGCACGUAUCAGUGUCAGGUAACUGGCAGCGACCCUGUGAGCGAGUCGUUAGAGGUCACUGUUGGAGAUGGCAGCUCAGUCAGCAUUGUGGCAAUCUCACAAAAAACAGAUGUUGCAGCAGACAAAACGCUAUCACUCUUCUGUACAGUUACCGGCUUAUCAGGAAGAAUAACAAUUGAGUGGUUAAAGGUGCGUGGAACUCGCACAACGACAUUGACGCAGGGCGGAAAUGUGAUCGCUGCAGACCGGAGGGUUGAUGUAAAGCAAUCAACUGUUGGCUCUCGAGACACGUUCACAUUAACUAUUGAUAAUGUGGCCUCUGCUGAUGCAGGCGUAUACAGAUGUGCAUCCACAGAUAGAACACCAGUGCAGAAAAAUGUAGAUGUCACUGUGUCAGGUGGGAGUAGUGGCACAGACCCAGAAAUUAUGGAUAUUACACAAGAUACUGACGUCGUUAUUGGGGACUUUCUAGAGCUUGAAUGCUUUGUCACAGGUCUCUCUGGAAGUACAACUGUGGAGUGGCAGAAGCAGAGGACCGGUACCCGGUACACAACUCUCACCAACGCAGACGAGGUGGUCUCGUCUGACAGUAGAAUCUCGGUUCUGAUGGAACCUGAUGCUGGGGACACCGUGUUUGUGCUGCAAAUCGACAACGUAAGGACUUCUGAUGAGGGUACCUAUAGGUGCAUAACGACUGACAGCAACCCAGUGUCAAGCACCGUAGACGUUACAGUAUCAGGCAAGAAGUAA